AUAUUUUUGCCAACUUGUCUACAUCAUUGUAAUUAAUUAUUAUUUUGUUGUUUAAUAUAUGUAUCCCGUAAAAAAUUGUUUUGUUUUUAAGUAAAUCUAUUAAUGUAAUUGAUAAAUAAACAAAAUAACAAACAAUGGCGUGGUUUAAUAGUGGCUUGAAUAGUAUCAAGGGACAAUUAUCGAAUUUAGCCCAAGAGGUCCUCGCCGAUGCUGAUCGGGAAGAAGAGGCCAUAGAUACAAUACAGGCUUUGGACCAGGCUCAAACACAGUGCGAAGAGUUAGCAAAAAUUUGUUCCGAAAGAGAUCUUGAGAUUGCCUCACUUCGGAAGCAGAUUGCUGAACUACAAAGUAGAGUAUCUGAUACUAGUGUUAGUAGUGGCGCAAAAUCAACCAAGUCGGUGGGAUUGAAAAAUGUGUCUCUUGAAGACAGUUGGUACUGGGCAGAUAAUGCGGCAACCAAUUCAUCUGAAAGUGACAAUGAAAAACGUCCGCCUCAAGCUGAACGACUCAAAAAGCUUCAAAAACAAAAUAAAGCUUUGAAUGAGAAAAUUCUACGACUCGAAGAAGAAAACAAUCAAUUGAAUGUUAAUCUAGAAGAACUAGAUACCGAACAUCAGUUAGCAAUUCAGAAUGUUCUAGAAUUGAAAUCUGACAUUCAACAAAAGUACACCGCUCUUAACAAUGAUUAUGAGUCUUUGAAGAAAGAACAUGCCAACAAAUUUCUUAACACUGAAAAUGAAAUUGAAGAAUUACGUAAAAAAUAUGAUAAUCUUCAAGUUUCCUAUACGAAAUAUGUCGAAGAAAAUGUUGUACUUAAAGAUAAAGUUGAAAAAUUGAAUUGUGAACUUGCCAACAAUUCUGUGGAACAUGCAAAUUUAAAUGAUCUACUAAGCAAGAAAGACACAAUCAUCGCAGAGUUGAAAGAUGAAGUUAACCGAAAGUCCGAAUCCGAAAAGGAAGAGAAAACUCUUCUCGAAGAUAAAAUUGACGAGUUGGCAAAGGAACUCGAGCUUCUUCGAAAUAGUCAGUUAACACCUGAGAAAAAGCUGAGCGAAAGUUCAUCGGGCAAACAGAGUGUUGACGAUGAUUUCAUUGUGGUGCCUGUGCUGGAAACAGAUACCCAAGCUGCUGCAAUACCCAAAAAGGAGGAGUUUGAGGAAAAAAUCGACCAACUGAAUAACCAAAUAGCUGAGCUUGUUGCCGAAAAUUCUAUGUACCAAUCAAAGAUUCAGGAUCUAGAAAUGGAGAAAGGACUGUCAGUUUCACAGCUCGAGAUGUCGAUCGAAGAACUGAAAGUUAAACUUGGCAGAAGCGAACGAGAGGUAGGUGGUCUUCAGGACCGGUUCAAUGCGCUUGAUGCGGAGAAACAAAAAUUAGAAGGCACCUUUGGUGAGCAAAAAUCUCUUGCCGAACGUCUUCUCAAGGAAAACCAAUUUCUUAAGUUGGAAAUGGAAACUAUCAAUGAAAAUAUGACCAAAUGUGAAGCGAACGCUUCCGAUGUAGAAUCCAAACUCAUGAUGGAGAAUGUUGAUCUUCAGAAAAAACUAAUUGAUAUGGAAUCAAGCCUUAAUCAAACUUCAACAAGCUCCGGAAACUCUGGGGAUUUGAGUCAGCACAUAAGAAAGCUUUUAUCAACUUACACAAAGAUUGAACUUUCCGAAGUAGGCCAGGAUAAUCUUGAGUCGGCAUUUAAGCAAAUUAGAGAUAAGAUUUGGCAAAUUGAAGUUCUUGAAAAGAACCUCUCACAAAUGUCUGAGGAAAUUUUGGAUCUACAAGAAAACAAACUGGCCUGGGAUCAUGAAAAGAAGACUCUGGAAGCUGAUAUUGGCCAAUACAUCAUUCAGUGUGAUGAGUUGAUGAAGAACAAUGAAAUAUUGCUAAAUGAGUUGGAGAAUUAUAAGCGAAAUAAGCUAGAGACGAUAUCAGAGAAUAAUGAGGAAAAUCUUCUUUUACUCGAGAAUCAAUUGGACGAAUGUCGAAGCUUAAAUACCACUCUCGAAGAGGAGUAUCGUGAGCUAAACGAUAAAAUAUCAGAGCUCGAGAAUGAGAAACAGGAGCUUGUGAAUCAAUUGAACACCGUUCAAGACAUCAAUUCUACCAUGGUGACUGAACAGAAAAUCCUCAAACAGCAGUUGGAGGCCUUAGAAACCGAGAAGUCGAAUCUCUUAUUCGAAUUCAAUGAGAUGAAAUCAGGUGAUAGGGAAAAUGAAGUGGGUCAGCAAUUGACCGAAAAUAAGGAACAUUGUGCGAAUCUGGAAAAACAAAUUGAACGUCUUAAUGCAGAUCUUUCGGAUGCAGUUCAAGCAUUGCAAACGCAAAAGUUGAGUCUUCUAGAAGCAAAAAAAGAAAUUGAACAACUAGAGCAACAGCACCGCCAAAAGGACAUAACUCUUUCCAAAAUGGAUGCCAGGAUUCAAGAACUCUCCGAGGAAGAUCACAAAGGAUCAUCGGCAUUGGAAUCUUUGAAGAUUGACAAUGAACACCUUCAAAAGAAAAUAGGCUUGCUUAGCGAAGAAAAAGCAUCACAUUUAGAAAAACUAGCAAAACUUGAGAGCGAUUUGCUGGCAAACGCUGAUUUACAAAAAACCAUUGAAUCCUUGAACUUUGAAAAGAACGAAAUCAUAAAAACUCUACAAUCCAAACAUUCGGAAAAUAUGCAAUACUAUAUGGAAAUUCAGCGGUUAAGUCAAUUGCUUCAAUCUGCUGAGCAAGAAAAGACACAACUUUCUACAAAAACUUGCGAGCAAUGUGAAAAGCUUACAGCUAAAAUUACUAGCGAUGCUCAGGAAACGGAAAAACUCCAAGAUCAAAUUACUUUCCUUCGUGAGAAGUCGGACAUUUUAACUAGUAAUCUAUUGACAGAGCAAACGAAUCAAAAAUUACUGCAGCAAGAAAAAGCUGAACUGGCUGAAUCGAAUGCAAACUUGCGCAAAGAUUUGGAACGUUUGCGAGAGCAUUUAGUUGAGUUGGAAGAAUCACAUACUCAAGAGACAAUUGAAAUGCAAAGUGUGAUUGAUGAAACAAAGGCCCAAAUGAGCAUACUCCAAGGAGAAGUUUCUAAGUCUAGCAAUGCUUACACAUCAGCCAGCAUUCGUGCCAAUCAGCAUGCCGAAACCUUGCAAGCGCAAUAUGCACUCGUUACACAACAACGUGAUGAAUUAGUUGCCAAGCUGAGCUUGGCCGAGGAUCGUGAGUCGAAAAAUCAAGCUGCAUUGGUGAAUUUGCAGUGUGCAUUGGAGCAAUUCCAAAAUGAUAAGGAUAAUGAAAUUAAAAUAGCUACUCAAAAGAUUCGUCGUGAUCUUGAAUCGGAACAAGAAAAGCAAAAGAAACUUGAAGCCGAUAUUGCUGCUUUAAAUCAACAAUUAGCCGAUGCCAAUCAAGGCUUACGAGCUGCUUCGAGACUUUCUGAUCAAUUAGAAAGCUCUCAAAUGGCUAUUGCCAAAUUAAAUGAAGAAGUCCGCAAAUUGAUGGAUAAAAACACAUCACUUAGUGAAGAGCUGAGCAAAAGUGAAUCUAGUCAAACGGAUAAGAUCGAUAAAAAUCUUAUUAAGAGCCUUGUAAUUGGAUAUGUGGUUAGUGGCAAUAUCAACGACAAAAAUCAAGUGCUACGCAUGAUAACUUCUGUGUUGGACUUUAAUCAAAACGAAACCGAUAAAGUUGGACUUAAUAAGCAGCAGUCAACUUGGUUUGGAUCGAUUAUACCACCAAUUCCAGGCACUCAAACAAAAGACAAUCUUGUCCAAGCUUUUGUACAUUUCCUUGAACAAGAAUCACAACCAAGAUCUAAGUCGAAUAAUGUGCCCAAUCUAUUGAACAUUACAACCCAAAGUACAACAUCUAACAACAAUUCGAGUGGAGCUUCUGCCACAUCAGCAACUAGUUCCAGUAGAAAAUCAUCAAAUUGUGAUCCUAUGGUAAGACCAUCGACAGCAGGUACAGUUCAGCCAAUCCUAUUGAAUACAACAGUCCUAGAUGAUUUUACUCCAUCGAGAAAUUCCAGUUCAAUACUUAAGGAUAUCCUAAGUGAUUCCUGAUAUAAUAUUUAAUUCCAAUAAUAAUAAUAAUAAUAUGUAAACGUAAAAUUAUUUUUUAAAUAAAAUAUAAAAUUUUUAUUAAGCUCUGUGAAUGUGAGAAUAAAAUGUAUCAAAUGUUUUUAUAA